AAUUCCGAAGGCGGGGCGGGCUCUGCCCGCGCGCGGAGACCGCGCCCCUCUGGACCUCGGCUUCCUCGCUGUCAAACAGCCACGGUAGCUCCAGCUCCGGCCAGAGCCGGAGGGGUCCCGCGGCUACCGCACACGCUGGCACUGCCUGGAGAGGAGACUACUUGGAGACCGCACCGCGAUCGAAUCUCCCUGAAUACGCGGCCUGAGGAUCUGGUUCAACUCACAUGCCAUAGGACGUGUCUGUUUUUGCACUGCGCUGGGACCUAUCCUGAAUUUUUCCUUUGCAAAGCUGCUUGACAGUUUUGUUGGCAUCGCAUGCCUUAAGUUCCUUGCACUCUGAAUUUGGACUACUCAGGCCUGGGUUCUCAUCUGAGCUUUGCCACUGACCCCUGGCGAAAACUCAAGCCUGUGCUUGAAGUUGAAAUUGCACAAAGCACAGCUCAAAUCUCCAUCAGAAGGAAAGUGAACUCAGGCGAGCAUGCAUGGCUCAGGUGUCAGAAAGGUGAUGGACUCCUAAAGUGGAAGAGGUGGUGCAGUGAGGGCACGGCCCAUGCUGCCCUGCUUCCAGCUGCUGCGCAUAGGGGGAGGCAGGGGUGGUGAUCUCUACACCUUCCACCCUAGUGGGGCUGGCUGCACCUACCGCUUGGGCCGUAGGGCCGACCUGUGUGAUGUGGCCCUGCAGCCCCAGCAGGAGCCCGGCCUCAUCUCUGGAGUCCAUGCAGAGCUGCACGCUGAGCGCCAGGGUGAUGACUGGAGGGUCAGCCUGGAGGACCACAGCAGCCAAGGGACUCUGGUCAAUAAUGUCCGACUCCCAAGGGGUCACAGGCUGGAGUUGAGUGAUGGGGACCUUGUGACUUUUGGUCCUGAAGGGCCCCCAGGAACCAGCCCUUCGGAGUUCUACUUCAUGUUUCAGCAAGUCCGAGUCAAACCUCAAGACUUCGCAGCCAUUACCAUCCCGCGGUCUAGUGAAGAGGGAACCAAGGCUGGCUUCUGGCCUAUGCUGCCCCCCCAGGGGGCCCCACAGCGCCCCCUCAGCACCCUUUCCCCUGCCCCAAAAGCCACACUGAUCCUCAAUUCCAUUGGUAGUCUCAGCAAGCUCAGACCUCUGCCCCUGACCUUCUCCCGGAGUGGGGGUGAGCCACAGAGCCUGCCUGUUCCCACUCCUCCUAGGGAGGUGGGGACCACUCCUUCUGCCCCACCCCCAAGAAAUCGGAGGAAAUCCGCUCACCGAGUGUUGGCAGAGCUGGAUGAUGAGGGAGAGACUCCUGAGGGCCCCCUACCAGUCUUUAUGGAGCCCAGGAAGAAACUCCGUGUAGAGACAACCCCACAGACACCUGGUGGAAAUAGGCGUGGACGACCUCGGAAGCACCCAGUGAGCUCUCCCAGGGCUCCCCCUGCAGAUGGGAGUGGGGAGCCCUGUGCAGCCCCUUGUUGCUACCUACCGGAAGAAGAAACAGUUGCCUGGGUUCAGUGUGAUGGUUGUGACCUCUGGUUCCAUGUGGCAUGUGUUGGCUACAGCAUCCAGGCUGCCAGGGAGGCUGACUUCCGGUGCCCAGGGUGUCGUAUAGGCAUCCAGACCUAAGGCCCACCACCAAGGCACCAGAGGACAGAAAGCUGGCACCUCCACGCCAUAGGUGGACAGGGUGGGGCACCUAUGGAUCCUAAGAAAUGCCCCCUUCUUCCUUUGCCUCUCCAGUGGGGAUGACUACAGGGGAAGUGUCCAUUGCUGUGGAUAUUGACUCAAGGCCUGAAGCAGGCCCUGAUGGCCAAGGUGACGGAAGAGAUGGUUUCCUGCCAAAGAAAUUGCUGCCUCCAGGAAGCUGCCAGCAAGCUGAAAAUUCCAUUACAAGCUAUAGGUCCAUGUCAUGGGUACUAGAAUGUCUGUGGUCAGAGCACCCGUUAAUUACAGAAUCCCUGGGCAGAUACAAGCCUCGGGUCUUGGAACACACAUGUUCUUAGACGGCAUCACUAAGGCCUUCUGGGAAAACCUAAAGCACAGCCUCGAAACUUUUACAUUGUGAGUAAACCACUGGCACUGACCACGAUCAUGACCUGGCUUUUCAGAACUUUGCUUCUAUUUCCAAAUAAAGAAUAAGCAGCUUCAUUCACGCCUAGGUAUUUAUUCUUUUUCCAGGUCUGAUACUCCUUGAUUUCCGGUUCUUGAGUUCUGAAGGGUAUGGUCUGGAAAACUUGACUCUUAGGGGAAGAGAUGAGCACAGCACAGAGAAGUUUGGACCUGCUUACUUGGUUUAGAAUGGGCUGGAGAUGGGAGACUGGAGAAAAGGUAAUUAAGGUUCCAGUUUAAAGGAAAAACAGAUCCAUUGCCAUUAAAAUAAGGUAGAUGGAAUUUGGUCAAGUUCAGGAGGAUGGCAGGACCUUUGAAAAGAGAAAACCUGAUACACCAGCUAGAGCAGAUGCUCACCUGGUCUAGUUGUGGAGCAGUGGAACCCAAGUACAGCUCACAGGUUCUCUUCUGUGAGCCUACACCGAGCCACACCAAACCAACAUAGGGUCCAAACGGGUUUUGUAGCUCUCACUAGGAAAGCCUUAUCUUAACCUAACUGCAAUCUUUAAGUCCAUUGUCUUCCAUCCCUACUUAGACUUACCAACCCAAGUCCCCCUACCACAACAUCAAGGACACAGCUCUAAGCAAGGGCCCAAGUAACAGCAGAACCAGGACAAAAACUUGGGGGUUUGGUGCAUCACUCAUGGACAGGAUAGGCCAAAUCCCUUAAGUGGAAACCAAAUGGACUUUGGUAUCAACAAAGCACAGGACAGUUUCUAGUUGGGACAAUAUGCAGAAGAAAAGGAUCUCAAGGUGAUUCCUUAGUAUAAAGCUACUAAAGGACACUUCCAGACUAAAGUGGGGAAAGC